AUGGUUUGGUGGCUGUCUGGCGGGAAGAAAGAGGAGGCAGAAAAGGCUGAAGAUGGUGGACCGAAAAGCGAUGCGAAGCAGGGACAAUUGACCAACUAUUCGAGGGGCCAGAGGAUUUUGCUCGAGGAUACGAAGCCCAGAUUCAACGGUGAGACUUCGCAGAGCCAGCUGGCUGUUUCGCAGGAGGAAGCGAAUUUUAGGAGAGCAUGGAACUCGAUAUCGAAAGAGGACUUUUCGUUUGGCAAGCUGACGGCGAUCCCCUGCUUCAGGGACGCUGGGCUCGUCGGAUUCACCUGCAUGUUCGUGACGGGGGCAGUGACGUUUCUGUACCACAAGAAUCCGACCAGGGCGGCGAACUGGUCUGUCGGAGGACUACUUCUGGGCUCUGUGGUGGGAUGGGAACAAUGCCGGCUGAGACGCAAACGCAGCUUCCAGGUAGCCCAGAUGGCGAGGCAGACGGUCGCGGCGAAGCCGAAACCGAUGCUGAACGCGGUUGCGCACGAUGAGAAGACCAAGCACCAGUGGGACGGCCAUACGCAGCAGGAGCAGCAGGGCAAAUCGUGGUACAAAUUUUGGUGA